GCAUGUGAUUGGCUAGGUGACGGGUGACGAUUCACGGAAGUACUUGACCCCGGUGCUGCGUGCAUGGAUCAUAAUCUAAAGUAUGGAGCAAAAUAAUGAAGGCAGCCUGUCCCAGGUCCGGCAUGUUGUGUUGGUGCUGUCAGGGAAAGGAGGAGUGGGCAAGAGCACCGUCACCACAGAGCUAGCACUGGCUCUAAAACAUGCUGGGAAGAAGGUUGGCAUCCUGGACGUUGACCUGUGUGGGCCCAGUAUCCCCCGCAUGCUGAGUGUGGGCCGGCCUGAUGUGCACCAGUGUGACUCAGGCUGGGUGCCGGUCUACACUGAUGCACAGAAGAGCCUCGCCCUCAUGUCCAUUGGCUUCCUACUAGAGGACCCAGAUGAUGCAGUGGUGUGGAGGGGACCCAAGAAAACAGCUAUGAUUGGACAGUUUGUGUCAGACGUAGCGUGGGGAGAGCUGGACGUGCUGUUGGUGGAUACCCCACCAGGGACAUCUGAUGAGCAUUUGGCUGUAUUGGAGAACCUCAAGAAACAAAAAGUGGACGGAGCUAUUUUGGUCACCACACCUCAGGCAGUAUCUACGGGGGAUGUGAGGAGAGAGAUCACCUUCUGUAAGAAGACAGGUGUACGGAUCCUGGGCAUUAUAGAAAACAUGAGUGGCUUCGUUUGCCCUCACUGUUCGGAAUGCAGCAAUAUUUUCUCCAAAGGUGGCGGCGAAGAAUUGGCUAAACUGACUGGAUCAGUCUUCUUAGGCUCUGUGCCCUUGGAUCCUCUACUCAGCACCAGUAUAGAAGAGGGCAAAGACUUCAUACAGUCCUUCCCUGACAGUGCAACAUUCAGUGCGAUCAGCAGUAUUUCUCAGACUCUCCUUGACAGCCUCCAAAUAGCCUAAGCCAUGGAAUUUAUUUGCUCAAAACUGAAUAAUGUUGACAUUUCAGCACUGUGAAAAGCACAUUGUAAUGCAGAAAUAUUAGUCAUUGUGCGGAUGUGAUUGUAUCUAUGUUGCAUUUUUGUCCUGUACGUUUAAUCAUAUAAAAAUUGUUUAUCUUGUUUUUCUAGGCAUUAUGUAAAAUCAGUAUCUGCCAAUAGUACAAUGCAUGGUGGUUUUGUGUGCAGCUUAUUUUUCUGUGCUGCAGCUCUUGUGGUGUUAACCACAGUUCUAAGAUUAUCACUUGAGAUAGGAGCAACUGAAACAUGUAGAACAGAGCAACUCAGCCAGACUUUCACUUUCAACAAAUGUAGAGAUGUCAUUUUGUAAUGAAAAUAUUGAGUCAUGCUGCCUGAGUAAUACUGAAAAGGUGUCACAGUAAAAUAAACAGCACUGAAAACACUACAUUUGGUGUGUUUGUAAGCCAGUCACAUCUAAGUUGGAAUCUUCUUUAAUUCGAUUGUGAAAACAUUCACGUCGACACAUCAGGGUUACUUCAAUACCAGUGGUAAUACAGGAUUGUAGAUUGGCGCUUCAGUAAAUGCGUCAGCAGCAGUUCCAUUUUCAGAAAACAUACUCCAGAUCAAAUUAGACCAGUCCUUUUGAAAUCUAGGCCAAACUUGGAACACUAAUCUCACUGGAUUCCUGCUGCAUUCUACAAACAUUACUAUCAAGUCGUCUUGUGUCAUUUAAUCUUGAUUUUUUUUGGAGGAACUACGCCGCAUGAAGCUUUUGAUCUGGAUUAAAUCUUCUGAAACUAGCCUGCUCUUCAGCUUCAUAUCCAACAGCAACAAAACACUGAAAUCCAUGCAGGAUUUGAAUGGCUGGAAUGUGGAAGAGAUGAGGUACAGCUACAGAUGAGGGGGAGGGGUGUGUGAAUAAGAUGGAGAGGAGAUGAAAUUUGGAAAUUACACUUGUGAGACCCAACACGGGGCACACACCUUUAAUGCAAACAGCAGUACUACAGGAAAAACACUGAAGUUUGAGAAUGUUUGCGUAAUGAUUAGAAUACAGCUACACACAAAACUCCCACCCACCAGCAACAUACUAAAGGCAAUCUUAAUUAUUAAACCAAGAGUUACAUCCAGAGGAAUUCCAACCACUUAUCACAAUUAACCCACAGUGCAUUAAAUCUAUCUAUAUAGAUAUUUAUAUGUCUGUAUAUAUAUGUAUAAUAUAUCCUGGGGAAUUAAAGACUUUUGCUGCAUUUGAACAGUUCAAUGAACAAUUUCUUACAAAUAAAAUCAGUGGAAAAAAAUCUUAAGUCCAUACACAUUUCUCUUUACAAAUAGAUCCUCAAGAUUAAGUAAUUGUGUCGACUCCCAAAUCGAUUUGGGAGGAGAAAAAGCUGCGCGGCCCUUUGGUCAGCUCUCUAAGACCAGAGACCAAGCUGCCUCAGCUGGCCUCAAGGCCUGAAAUAAGUGGAGGGAAAAAAAAAAAAAAAAAUCUU